GCGGCGGCCGGGGAGGCGGGCACGGCCGGGCGCGCUGCGGAAACCUGCCGGCUCUCGCUGCCCGCCCGCCAGCCCGGGGACCCGCCGCUGUCUGCCCCGCCGGGGAGCAUGAGGAGGAGAGGGGGGCGGCUGCCGGGCCAUACGCGCUGCUGCUGCUGCUGCUGACAGCCCCGGCCCCGCGCCUCCUUCCCCGCAUGGCCCUGGCGCUGCGGAGCUCUGCGGGCGCCAGGUAGGAAGACAUUUGGAAGCUGGUCAGACAAAGCUAUCAUGUUGAGGUUAAGUCAUUCACCCGCCUUUCCUGAAGGUUUUCACCUUUUAAGUAUUGUGGCACUCUUGCUAUUCCAUGUGGACAAAGCAUAUGCAGAAAGUCCAACGGAAGCACCAAACGACACUCAAGUAUGUACUGGUACAUAUUUUUGCAAACCAGGUGUAAUUUUACCUAUCUGGGAGCCCCAAGACCCUUCAUUUGGUGAUAAAAUUGCUAGAGCUACUGUCUAUUUUGUGGCCAUGGUCUACAUGUUCCUAGGUGUAUCCAUCAUAGCUGACCGCUUCAUGUCCUCUAUAGAAGUCAUUACAUCCCAAGAGAGAGAGAUAACUAUCAAGAAGCCCAGUGGUGAGACCAGCAAAACCACAGUGAGGAUUUGGAACGAGACUGUGUCCAACCUAACGUUGAUGGCUUUGGGUUCUUCAGCCCCUGAGAUUCUACUUUCUGUUAUUGAAGUAUGUGGUCAUGGUUUCACUGCGGGGGAUCUUGGACCGAGCACCAUUGUAGGCAGUGCCGCCUUUAACAUGUUCAUCAUUAUAGCCAUAUGCGUCUAUGUAGUUCCGGAUGGAGAAAUAAGGAAGAUUAAGCAUCUACGAGUGUUUUUUGUGACAGCAGCUUGGAGCAUCUUUGCCUACACUUGGCUCUACCUUAUUUUAUCUGUCAUAUCACCCGGUGUUGUGGAAGUCUGGGAAAGCUUGCUCACUUUCUUCUUCUUUCCCAUUUGUGUGGUGUUUGCAUGGGUAGCCGACCGAAGGCUUUUAUUUUACAAGUAUGUCUACAAGAAGUACAGGGCUGGCAAACAGCGAGGCAUGAUCAUUGAACAUGAGGGUGACAGGCCAUCAUCCAAAGCUGACAUUGAAAUGGACGGCAAAGUGGUUAACUCCCAUGUGGAGAACUUCUUAGAUGGCACCCUGGUUCUGGAGGCAGAUGAGAGAGAUCAAGAUGAUGAGGAAGCAAGGAGAGAAAUGGCUAGAAUCCUGAAGGAGCUGAAGCAGAAGCACCCCGACAAAGAAAUCGAACAGCUGAUAGAACUAGCUAACUACCAGGUUCUGAGCCAACAGCAAAAGAGCCGAGCCUUUUAUCGCAUUCAGGCUACUCGGCUAAUGACGGGUGCUGGCAACAUUUUGAAGAGACAUGCUGCGGAUCAGGCACGGAAAGCUGUCAGCAUGCAUGAGGUCAACUGUGAAGUGGUGGAAAACGAUCCUGUCAGUAAGAUCUACUUUGAGCAGAACACCUACCAGUGUCUCGAGAACUGCGGCACAGUAGCUUUGACCAUUGUUCGCCGAGGUGGUGACUUGACCCAUGUCGUUCACGUUGACUUCAGAACAGAAGACGGCACAGCCAAUGCAGGGUCUGAUUAUGAGUUUACUGAAGGGACUGUGGUCUUCAAACCUGGUGAGACGCAGAAGGAAAUCCGCGUUGGCAUAAUUGACGACGAUAUCUUUGAGGAGGAUGAGAACUUCCUCGUUCACCUCAGCAAUGUGCAAGUGAGCACUGAAGCAUUGGAUGAAGGAAUUCUGAAGGCCAACCAUGUCGCAACACUUGCCUGCCUGGGGUCACCCUCCACUGCCACCGUUACCAUCUUUGAUGAUGAUCAUGCGGGCAUCUUUACCUUUGAGGAGCCAGUCACUCAUGUGAGCGAGAGCAUUGGAACCAUGGAAGUGAAAGUGCUGAGAACGUCCGGUGCCCGAGGAAAUGUUGUUGUGCCCUACAAAACCAUCGAAGGCUCAGCCAGAGGGGGAGGAGAGGACUUUGAGGAUACUUGUGGAGAGCUUGAAUUCCAGAAUGACGAGAUUGUCAAAACGAUAUCAGUCAAAAUAAUUGAUGAUGAGGAGUAUGAGAAAAACAAGACCUUCUACCUUGAGAUUGGGGAGCCCCGUCUGGUGGAGAUGAGUGAGAAGAAAGCUCUGUUGUUGAAUGAGCUUGGUGGCUUCACAAUAACAGGGAAACUUCUGAAUGGCAAACCUGUCUUCAGGAAGGUCCAUGCUAGAGAACAUCCAAUUCCUUCUACUGUAAUCAGCAUUCAAGAAGAGAAUGAAGAGAAACAGCCACUGACGAGCAAAGAGGAGGAAGAGCGCCGCAUUGCAGAAAUGGGACGCCCAGUACUGGGAGAACAUACCAAACUAGAAGUCAUUAUUGAAGAAUCCUAUGAGUUCAAGAAUACUGUGGACAAGCUCAUUAAGAAGACAAACCUAGCCCUUGUGGUUGGAACUAACAGCUGGAGAGAACAGUUUAUUGAAGCUAUCACAGUCAGCGCUGGCGAGGAUGAUGACGAUGAUGAAUGUGGGGAAGAGAAGCUGCCGUCCUGCUUUGAUUAUGUGAUGCACUUUCUGACUGUCUUCUGGAAGGUCCUUUUCGCCUUCGUCCCCCCGACAGACUACUGGAAUGGCUGGGCCUGCUUCGUCGUCUCCAUCCUAAUGAUUGGUUUGCUGACGGCUUUCAUCGGGGAUUUGGCAUCCCAUUUUGGCUGCACCAUUGGCCUGAAGGAUUCAGUGACUGCAGUCGUGUUUGUUGCAUUGGGAACAUCAGUGCCAGACACCUUUGCCAGCAAAGUGGCGGCUACGCAGGAUCAAUAUGCUGACGCCUCAAUCGGGAACGUCACCGGGAGCAAUGCUGUGAAUGUUUUCCUGGGGAUUGGCGUGGCCUGGUCCAUCGCUGCCAUCUACCACGCGGCAAAUGGGGAAGUGUUCUACGUCUCCCCCGGCACCUUGGCUUUCUCCGUCACCCUCUUCACCAUUUUUGCUUUUAUCAGUGUGGGCGUGCUGCUUUACCGGCGGAGACCGGAGAUUGGAGGUGAGCUGGGUGGGCCGCGGACUGCCAAGCUUCUGACAACAUCCCUCUUUGUGCUCCUUUGGCUCUUGUACAUAUUGUUCUCAUCUCUGGAAGCCUACUGCCACAUAAAGGGCUUCUAAAGGAACAAUCAGAGAUAGUAAAUAUAUUGCUAGAGAUCUAUAUGUAUCUAUAUAGAAAGCUAUAUAGAUAUAGAUAGAGACAAAACAUUGUGUAUAAUGAACAGAGGAAAAAUAAAAGACAUUUGCCAUGUU